AUGACUAUGAUGGUCAAGUUCGUCGUCAUCGAUCGAUCGACGAUCUACAACAUCAUUCUGGAAGGACCGUGGCUCUAUUCUAUAAAGGCAAUCCUGUCAACAUACCACCAAUGCCUGAAAUUUCCGACCCGCGACGGCAUAGUCACUAUCAGAGGUAACCAAAGACUGGCUCAGAACAUGUUUGUCACUGAUGUAAAGUGCAAUAAAAGUAAACAAAGCAGUCAAGUCAGCUCGACCAAGACUCGAGUCGAGUGGAACAGAGUACCAGCUCGAUCGAGUUUAGGGUCGAGUUGA